AGCCUGCGGCCCCUGAAUGGGAAGGAGCCCGUGGACCUUCCAACUUUAGUGGACAAGUGGUUGACUCAAGUGUGCCAAUUACUCCGAGUCCCGCCGGAGAAGGUGAGCUGCGGAGAGAGGGCGGCCUUCAUGUCUUACGCCAUUGCCUACCCACACAACUUCCAGGGCCUGGUGGACACUUACUGCGUCAUGAGGAGUGGCAUUCCCAACUUCUGUGCCGUCGCCCUGGCGUUGAACCAGCUGGGAUACCGAGCCAUCGGAGUCCGGCUGGACAGCGGAGACCUGGCCAAGCAGUCGGUGGAGAUCCGUCACGUCUUUCGGACCUGUAGCAAGCAGUGAGUUUCGAGGGGUUGUUGGGCUGACUCCCCCUGGAUGUCAAGGAUGAAACACCGGCAGCUGGGACCUCUUGGUUUCAAUUUGCCCUUAGAGUAAGAGGCGGGAGGUGUUGCUUUCGAUUGGAUUAGAGUUGU